UCGCAUCAACUAACGACAUCACGUGCAUCGUGAGUAAACACGAGACUUCGUAGCCAUCUUUAUCGACAAACUUUGGGAGGAGGGACCAAACUUAAAUAUGAGCUUCUUUGGUUUCGGCCAAAGUGCCGAAGUGGAGAUAUACCUAGAUGGACAGGACGCGAGAAAGACUGCUGAAAUCAAGACAGAAGAUGGAAAGAAAGAAAGACACUACCUUUACUUUGAUGGUGAAACAGUCUCUGGAAAGGUUCAUGUCAAUUUGAAGAAAGCUGGGACUAAAAUGGAGCAUCAGGGCAUCAAAAUUGAAUUUAUAGGACAAAUCGAGUUAUACUACGACAGAGGCAAUCAUCAUGAGUUCUCUUCGCUUGUCAAGGAGUUGGCUCGCCCAGGAGAAAUGACUCAGAACACAUCCUUUAACUUUGAGUUUCAACAAGUAGAAAAACCAUACGAAUCUUACACUGGUGCUAAUGUACGAUUACGGUAUUUUCUGCGAGUGACAAUUGUGAAGCGCCUCAGUGACUUUGUGAAGGAGCAGGACAUUGUUGUGCACACGCUGUCCCAGUACCCUGAGAUGAACACCAGCAUCAAAAUGGAGGUGGGAAUAGAGGACUGUCUGCAUAUAGAGUUCGAGUAUAACAAGUCCAAGUACCACCUGAAAGACGUGAUAGUCGGCAAGAUCUAUUUUCUUCUUGUCCGUAUCAAAAUCAAGCACAUGGAAAUACAGAUUAUCAAAAGGGAAAGUACUGGAACAGGUCCAAACACAUUUAAUGAAAAUGAAACUAUAGCAAAAUAUGAAAUUAUGGAUGGUGCACCAGUUAGGGGUGAAUCAAUACCAAUCCGUUUGUUCUUGAGCGGGUAUGAGCUAACCCCAACAAUGCGGGACAUAAACAAGAAAUUUUCUGUCAGGUAUUACCUGAACCUAGUGUUGGUGGAUGAAGAGGAGAGGAGGUAUUUUAAGCAACAGGAAAUCACCAUUUUCCGUAAGGCUGAAAAGCAGCGAAAGGCGGGCGCAACGUCAGGCCAUCAAACCCACCGUUCCAUGAUGCAACACACGAGCACAGGAAUUGCCCAUGAACCUCAAGAAGAAAAUCAGUCCAAAGUAGAACCAGAUGCAACAGAGAAUGACGAGGCAGAAUGAUCAACUUUUCAUUUCGUAUUACUCCUAGAGAUAAAUACUUUUCACAUGGGGUGUUGCAAUAUCGAGAGGAAUGAUGUGUUGAUUGCCAAAAAACAACAGUUUACUGUUACAUCUGGUGCAGAAUUGUUUGGUCAAAUGAUGGGUCAGUCACCUCUAGACUUUCGUCAUUUAAAGCUUCAGAUAAAUUGUUUUGUUGGUCAGUUUUUAUUACCUUGUUAUACAACUCCUCAUACAUAGUAAUUUCAUGAUAGUAAUGCUGUAAAAACGUUUCAUUUUGGUUGAUUGCACAAUUGUGGUGGUUGCAAUUUUUCUGGUCAACAAAUGCCACAAUGAUUGUGUUAUCCCCAGAAAAUACAAUGUAACCAAGUUGUAGUUAGAUGUUAGAAUGUAUUUUACGUGUGCACAGUUCUUUUUUUUUAUGAGCAUAACUCAUAUCCCAGUUCAUUGUUUCACUGCUUCACACAUGAUGAUAUGGAUAUCUUUUACUUCUGUUCAAAAAUCUUCCUAUUUGUUUGUUUGCUGCUUUUUAUGCCCCCCUUCAAAGAAGAGGGGGUAUAUCGUUAUGCACAUGUCGGUCGGUCCGUCCGUCUGCCAGAUGGUUUCCGGAUGAUAAUUUAAGAACGCUUGGGCCUAGGAUCAUGAAACUUCAUAGGUAUAUUGAUCAUGACUGGCAGAUGACCCCUAAUGAUUUUCAGGUCACUAGGUCAAAGGUCAAGGUCACAGUGACUCGAAAUAGUAAAAUGGUUUCCGGAUGAUAACUCAAGAAUGCUUUGGCCUAGGAUCAUGAAACUUCAUAGGUACAUUGAUCAUGACUGGUAGAUGACCCUUAUUGAUUUUCAGGUCACUGGGUCAAAGGUCAAGGUCACAGUGACUCGAAAUAGUGAAAUGGUUUCCGGAUGAUAACUCAAAAAUGCUUAUGCCUAGGAUCAUGAAACUUCAUAGGUACAUUGAUCAUGACUGGUAAAUGACUCCUAUUAAUUUUCAGGUCACUAGGUCAAAGGUCAAGGUCACAGUGACUCGAAACUGUAAAAUGGUUUCCUGAUGAUAACUCAAGAAUAAUAAGGCCUAGGAUCAUGAAACUUCAUAGGUACAUUGAUCAUGACUGGCAGAUGACCCCUAUCGAUUUUCAGGUCACUAGGUCAAAGGUCAAGGUCACAGUGACAAAAAAGUAUUCACACAAUUGCUCCCACUACAACUGACAGCCCAUAUGGGGGGCAUGCAUGUUUUACAAACAGCCCUUGUUUAUUUCAAGUAUUUUCUGUAGCUGGUAAAAAAAUACAGAUCAAAUAGACACUAUCUGUGUUUUAUUUUCUUUAAAAUGUUUAGUUUUAAAAAAGAACAAAUGUAUAUUUAAAAAGUUAAUGUUUAUGGAAAGAUUUAAUUAUUGUUUCUUUUGUUAUUCAUUAUAAUUCUUUAUUUAAAAUAAAAAAUCUUGUGUUAUGUGCGGAAAAAAAUGCAACUUACAAUACAAAUUGUAUAAGAAUGCCUGAAUAUUAGCCUACUUUUCCAAAUAGUGACACUAUCGUCUGUAACAUUUGCAUUGAAUGGGGAUGUUUUUUAACAUCUGUGAGUCAGUGGCAUUGAUUGCUCCUUUCAGUUAGAAAAAAGGUAUGAAACACAGUCUGUUGGCUGUACUUGCAAUGCUAGGUGUAAGAAAGAUGUUUGUUCAUUUUGCCCCUGGUGAAAUAUUCGUUUGAAAGUCAGUUUGCCGGUAGAUUCAUACUUUUUAUGUGCACUAUAAUUUUUUAAGUCUGAAUGCAACUUGUUCUUGUUUUUAAUAUCUUCAAUAAAUUAGCCUAAAUUCCCUUAGAGCAGAGUAGGGGCUCUUUGGUGUCUAUAAUACGCUACAUUAUUUGCAGAAUUAUAACCUAUAAUGAAGCAGAAAAGUUAUGUAUGCUUCAUUAAUUAUUUUGGUGGCAAUGUAGACAAAAAAUUUAUACACGUCAGUUUCUUGAAUUUAAUUAUAAAUUAUACUAUCUAAUUAAGUAUAGAUGUUCCAUACACAGUCAUUUAUGGUAUAUAUCUGCGUCAAAACUUGAGAGUAUUUAUUGCUUUAUAUUAAUUUUUUAAAUAUUAAUUUGUAUCCAUUAUACAUGAAUGACCUGAAAAAGAUAGUGAUGCUUUUUCAAAUUGUCAAUAGUUUCCUUUUUAUUGUUAUGAUUAAUAUGCAAUGCAUCAAUGUUCUACAGUUUUAAAUGUUGUUUGAAUGGUCAGGAUUAUAAAAAACAGGCUUUUGGUGUUGAUACACAGACAUGUUAAAUUACUCUGCAUGCAGUUGAGCAUGCAGCAAACACAAAUAUCAAACAAGUGAAUAUAGCAAAUUUUCUUCCUGUCAGCAAUUUCAUGGUUUGAAGUUAUUUUAACUUUAUCAAUAACUUGAUCUGUAAAUGUCAUUUAGAAUUGGUAAAUUGCAAAGGUGGAUAACUGGUACUCUCUUCUUGUUAUAUCAUUAAUAAUUUCUUUGUUGUGCUAUUGACAUUUAUCAUUAAAGUGGAAAAGAAGCAUCCUGGUUUAAAAAAAAAUGACCAUGUUUUCUGAACUGUUCAUGUCAUUAUGUUUGUGUAAUUUUGUCAUAAUGUAUUGAAAUAACAACAACAGGAACUUUGUUGUAAAACUGUUUAACAGUUGUAUACAGUUCCUGUAACCUAGCUUAUAUGUCGCUUGUUUUGCUUCUAUUUCUGAGGAACACAUUUUACCAGUAAUAUUAUUAGCUCGACUAUUAUAUAUGAAAUAUAUAUAGUGGAGCUAUCCUACUCACCCCGGCGUCUGCGUUAGCGUGCAAAUGUUAAAAGUUUUCGUACUACCCCAAAUAUUUUCUUUGUCCCUUGACAUAUUGCUGUCAUAUUUUGCAUACUUGUUUACCAACAUGACCCCAACCUAUAAACAAAAGCAGACAACUCUAUCAAGCAUUUUGUCAUAAUUAUGGCCCCUUUUCCACUUAAAAUAUGCAGCAAAUGUUAAAGUUUUCGUACUACCCCAUUUAUUUUCAUUGUCCCUUGACAUAUUACUUUUAUAUUUUGCAUACUUGUUUACCAACAUCACCCCAACCUAUAAACAAGAGCAGACAACUCGAUCAAGCAUUUUGUCAUAAUUAUUGCCCCUUUUAUACUUAGAAUAUGCAAAUUAUUGAUAAAUCUAUGUUAAGGUUUGCGUAAUACCCCAAAUAUUUCCUAUAUCCUUUGACAUAUUGCUUUUAUAUGUUGCAUACUUGUUAACCAACAUGACCCCAAUCUAUAAACAAGAGCAGACCACUGUAUCAAGCAUUUUGACAUAAGUAUGGCCCCUUUUACACUUAGAUAAUUGAACAUUUUGCUUAAAUUGCCAUAACUUCUUUAUUUAUGAUCACAUUUUACUAUUACUUUGACAAAACAACACUUACCUGAAUACCACAAUCGAUUCCACCCAAACAAUACCCCACGCCCCUACCAGAAUCCCUUCCCCCCACCCCCAACCUCACCCCCCCCCCCAAAAAAAA